AUGGUAAUGGGCUAUUUGAAAUUGCAUUUUUUCAUUUCAUCAUUUCUGAUCAUCCACCUCACUGUUGCUCAGCAUCCAAAUUUCGUAACGGAAAUCUGCAUUCCAGAGGGAGGUAACUACACAAACAACAGUAGCUACAAGGCAAGCCUCGAUAGCCUCCUCUCCUCCUUCUCCAACACCACAGUUGACUACGGGUUUUACAAUUCCUCCGCUGGCGAAGUGAAAGCAAUUGCACUCUGUAGAGGCGAUCUCACGCCCGAUACAUGCCGUAGCUGUGUGAACACCUCUAGCCAUGAAAUCAGACGGCUUUGUCCUAACUACAAGGAAGCGAUAAUUCAUUACGAUACUUGUAUGUUACGUUACUCUAACCGCUCCAUAUUCAGCGAUGGGGAAUAUUUUCCUCUAGCUAUUGGUAUAAACCCAAAAAAUUUCUCAGAUGUGGAGCAGGCCAUUCCGGCGCUGCAAAAAUUGUUGCGCGACCUGAAAUAUGAAGCUGCUUCAGGCGGUCCUCUUCACAAGUAUGCAACAGGAGAAGCAAUGCUUGAGUCUGAAACCAUAUAUGCACUUGUCCAGUGCACGCCUAAUUUAGAAAGCAACCAAUGCACAGAUUGUUUGGACACUAUUAAUGAAUCUGUUCCAACCACACUUGCCGAGGGGAAAAGUGGAUUAAGAGCUUUGGGGCCUAGCUGUAACUUUAGGUAUGAGACGUACAGUUUCUAUCAACCUCCGCCUGAUGCACCAUCACCAUCACCAUCUUCAUCUCCAUCCCCUACAGUUAAUCUUCCUCAUCCCCCACCAUCCAUUGGCACAACUGGAAAACGAAAGGAUAAUACAAGGAGAACUGCCAUCAUCAUUGUUAUCCCAACAGUAAUUUCGGUGAUGCUUAUCAUCUGCAUCUGCAUCUUAUUAACAAAGCAAAAGCAGAAGGAGAAGUUUGAAAGUGUGGAUGAACUCAUGAGUGUAGAGUCCUUGGAAUUCGACCUUAACUCUAUUAGAGUUGCAACCGAAAACUUUUCUGAUGCUAAUAAGCUGGGACAAGGUGGAUUUGGUGCUGUUUACAAGGGUAAGCUUCCCAAUGGGCAAGAUAUAGCUGUGAAGAGGUUGGUUAGAGAUUCUGGAGAAAGAGAACUACAAUUCAAAAAUGAGGUCCUAUUAGUGGCAAAGCUUCAACACAGGAAUUUGGUUAGAUUCCUAGGCUUCUGCUUGGAAGGAAUUGAAAAACUUCUCAUCUAUGAGUUUGUGCCUAAUGGAAGCCUUGAUUACUUAAUAUUUGAUCCCACCAGACGUUUACAAUUGGAUUGGGACAUGAGUUACAAAAUUAUUAAAGGCAUUGCUCGAGGACUUCUUUACCUUCAUGAAGAUUUUAGGCUUCGGAUUAUUCAUCUUGAUCUUAAAGCUAGCAAUAUUUUAUUAGAUGCAGAGAUGAAUCCUAAAAUUUCAAAUUUUGGCAUGGCAAGGUUGCUUUCAGUAGAUCAAACUCAAGGAGAGACGAGUAAAAUUUUGGGGACCUAUGGGUAUAUGGCUCCAGAGUAUGCAAUGCACGGUAACUUCUCAAUUAAGUCAGAUGUCUACAGUUUUGGAGUGUUGAUUUUAGAGAUUAUUAGUGGUCAAAAGAAUAAUUGUUUCCGCAAUGGAGAGAAUGCAGAAGAUCUUAUAAACUUUGCAUGGAAAAGUUGGAGCGAAGGGACAGUUUCAAAUUUGAUAGAUCCGACAUUAAUGUCUGGUCCAAGAAAUGAAAUUAUGAGAUGCGUCCAUAUUGGUUUGCUAUGUGUCCAAGAAAAUGUAGCUGACAGACCAACUAUGGCUUCAGUUGUUGCUAUGUUUAGUAGCAACUCUGUUACUCUCCCAGCACCUUCCAGACCCACACUUUUUAUGCACGAUAGCAUGGAGCAAGAGAUACUAUUACCACUGGAGUCUAAUUUUGUGGUGACCGAGUCUCCUGAGAAUAUAGGGCAUAUGUCCAUAAAUGAGGUUUCUAUCACUGAACUUAGUCCACGUUAGUGCUUUGUGGAUUGAGGUUGUGCUGAAAACCAAGGGUAAAUAGAAUGAUAUCAUCUGGUGUAACCUUAGGUUUGGAGGAUGUAUUAAGUGGGGUUGCAAGUCCAAAUAUUAUGUUUGAGUUGUAUUAAUUCCUUUAUUGUUUUCCAUAAUUUUCUAGGCGAUAGAGUUCCUAUUUUGAACGAAUGCCCUUGGUUAGCAGCUCAUCGAUUGAGAGCCCUAACUAAGAAGCUUCCCUAGUAUAUGUCUUGCCAAAUUCCAACUUAAAAUGAUGAAGUUAGAAGUGUCGGUUUUAUGGAAAUUAUAGCUCACUAGCAUAUUGUGGAGAGUAAGAGUCAUUCACCAAAGCAGAACAACAACCAGCAACGAGAACAGCAGCGAGAUCAUAUGAGAGCCUGGAAGUGCUGCUAUUUGGCCUAUCAGGUGCA